AUGCGCAUUAGCGGGUGCGGAAUUCUCUUAAUAGGCGGUGAAGCAUAUCGAUGGCGGCCAUGGCUACGCGAAGGAAGGAAAGAAGGUACUGUUGCUGGAGGAGGCACAGGAGAUGAUAUGAUGACGGGCAGACUGCUGAAUGCAAAGGGCCAAUGGGAAGUGCAGGAGCGGGCUUGGGGAGUGCUGGAGUUGCUAUAUCCAAAGCCUGAUCUGCUCAUCGUCGGCACCGGCCCCAACACUAUCCCCCUUGCGCCUGCGGUUCGCAAAUACCUCAAUGAUUUGGGCAUACGACUAGAAGUUCAAGAUACUAGGAACGCGGCGGCGCAGUUCAAUCUACUCGCAACGGAAAGGGGUCCCGUAUGGGUGUCAUGGAAGACAAAGAUUCGUCUUGUCUCUGCAGAAGAGGCGACAGGAAGGUCCAGCGACCCGCCACUGUACAAGGACACGAGCGGCAAGCCAAUGCUGUUCGACUGCUUGAACCGCAACUUAUCUUCCGUCCUCUCCAUCGUCCUCAUUGCGCUCACCCGAACUUGGGAAACAAUGGAAGACGCUUCAAUGAAUGGGAUAAGAUGGACGUUUGGCCCGCGUGUUGAGAUUGCGGAUGAGGAAGCAGCCUUGGAUGCGAGGCCGCUACUCCUGUCCGAGAGCGACUUCCACGAUGAAGGGGUGGGAUGCAGCUAUUCGCCGACCUCGAGUAUGUACCACAACGAUUCUUUCACCGUCGCAGAACCAUCGAUUAUUCGUAGCCCGUCGCUUCCAGCAAUUACACUCGAUUCAGAUCCUAUGCAUUCUAUCCUCCGUUCGCUCAGACUCGGCAACUUAUCCCGCAACAUCAAUCGAUUCCUGCCGUCCACAGACGCCGACCGCCACAGAGCGCAGAUGGUGUCGCAAGUUCGCGAAGGCUCUCACACUUCACUAAGCCAUAUAUUAGCACCCAUUCUCGCAGACCUGCAGGCGCUGAAGGCGCUGACGCCCGAGAGUCUGCCGCCAGGCAACUUGGACUUUGCUACCAGGUCGCAUGCUCAGGUUCUUAAUGAGAAACUGCUGCCAAUAGGCAAGUUUAUCGGAGACUACCUAGACGGCAUUCCAGAGGCCAAGCGAGGUGUUCUCGAGUUGCGGAUAUGCCGCUAUAUUGCCGACGAAUACUGGCCGUUGCCCGUCGAAAACUUUACCUACCUCAAAGUACAGGAGAAAUACCGCAAUGCCCUCUACAAAAAGGCCCAACGCGCGACUGGUGGGCCAACCGUCGAACCGCCGCUGCCUGACGACACAUCUUCUGGCCACCCAUCAUCUGAAGACCCACCACCGGAGGCUGCAGAAUACAAGGAUACAUUGAGCCAAAAUCCUGUCAUCAUGAGUCCAGAAGCCGUCUCAAGCCUAGAGAAUCCACAAUCACGGGCCAGGGAUUGUGUUCUGAGCAUGUCAAUAUUCAACAAGGAAUGUUGCGGCUUUUGGGACGGCUCGUUCGAGAUCGAUAGCGACAAAGUCAUCUGGAAUGCCACGAUGGACCCUGCCAUCAUCUUUUUCAAUUUCCUCCUUCCUGCAGAUCAUAUGACCGACAAUGUUCUACCGCUCCUUCAAGCACGUAACCUGCUUGGUGGCAUUCCGUUGCAGGUAGCCUCAGCCCUCAACGAAGAGUAUAAAAACGCCAGAGAAUUUCUGGCUCUCCGUUACGCUGCAGACAUCGCAGACCUUAUCAUUUUUCUGACCCGCACACGACCCGACCUGGAGCCCUUCGAAGUCUUAUGGUGUGCAGUACACGCAACGUACAAGAAGAUACCUACGACGAUCCGCGAGAGAGUCAAGCGAGAUGCGACAGCACAUUGUCGAGCUAUACUGCACAAUCCGCAAUUCAAAUUCGUCGGUCCCUUACUUGGCCAUGCGCUCAAGGCGCUUGAGGUCUAUAUUCGUCCUUUAGCUACUGGCUCUUCAUCAUUGAUCUGGAUCAAUGCUCAACUUCUGCACGACCUACACGACAUACACGAGCUGAGUAUGGAUGGCGCGAAAGCCCGCAAAACUUUGUUCGAUUACCUACAACACAGGCAUCCUGGAGUGGAGACGCUGUGGCACAGUCUUGUUCAGAUGUACAACACUUACGACGCAAAAAACUUUCCUCAAUACAGUACUAAGCCGAUGUCAACGCCAAGUCUGGUAUUUUGGGAGUCCUUUUACAGGCAUAUCCGAGAGGAUGUGCCAUUGGAAUACCCGCAGUCGCGGCCAUUAGUCUUGAAGCGGAAGGACAAUCUUUCGAAAUCGCAAGGGACCGUCGAAGAAGGUGAAAAGAAAAGAUCGAAGAGGAAAAGGAAGAGUAAAUCGAAGGGUGAUAGAGAUGUUGAGCCGGUGCAAGAUCCAGCUUUGCCAAAGCACCACCCGCUUGAGACUCAACCAGUACCUGGGGAGCAGCUGGUAUCUCAUCAGCAAUCUUCUGCAGCCACUGUCGAGAUACUUCCGUCUUUGCCUACCGUACAACAGCCGCUUGAGAAGAGCGAGCGGAAGCCAUCGAAGAAGGACAGGAAAAGUAUGAAGAAGAAGCUAAAGAAACUCAGAGCUGUUGAGCGAUCGGAGUCGUCUGUCGUGGAGGAGUACAAGCGAUCGGUCAUAGGCAACAACGCCAAUAGCGGCGGCAAUGCCACUAGCAUGAGGACGACAAUGGUAGAAGUAUUGAAGGACGAAGAUUGUGGCAGUACUGAUGACGAUGGCGUCUGCUUGACGUCGGCUAGAGAUCCCACCGACAAUACGUCAGUCGAGGAAGGUCCCGCUCGGGAAGACUCACGCGACAAGGAGGCUGUAGCGCAAGAGAGCAAGGUAAUCGCAGCAAACGUGUACACCGGAAUAUCAGCUGAGAAGCGCACACUUCAUGGUAGUUGUGGUGACUCUCCAAAUCGCGAAGAAGAGGAUCACGCAAAAUCCUUGGAUAGUUGGCAAAAGGUCGGAGUGCGCGAAGACUUGCCGCAGAAGCAGAAGCAGCGCAAGAAUGAUCGCAACUUUGGCAAAGAUAUACCCAAUACGAAAAGCCAUGUUCCCAUGGAUGCGAAAUCACUGCCAGCUAAAGCAAACGUUCCAGUAUCAUCAGCCAAUUCGUUGGAAUACGACGCAGAACCACGAUCUAUGAAGGUAAAAGCCCCAGUGCCGUACAUGGUCACCUCCGAACUGAGGGACGACAACAAUAAAUUCCCUCUAGAUCAAUGUACGUCGUGGUCAGCGCUUUCCAAGGGUUUCACAGACGCAAGGAGGCGCCGGUCCUUGCAACAUUCCGAUGUAUCCACAGAUACUGCGAGCGCACAAUCGCUUACAUCACCUGACACGAAGAGCCACGGAUCUAUCCAGAAGAACCUUCCGUCUCUUGAUCGCUGCCCACUUGCGCGAUCAGAGACUUCGAUAGAUGAAGAAGUGCCGAAGAGUUCUGCCGCUUAUAGCACGUCCGCGCUGCUACCUCUAGAAAAUGCCGAUAUGUCGGUCGAUUCGCUUGCUAUGCGAGACGCGGACAUAUCACAUGUAGAGCAAUGGCUCAUGAUCAGAUAUGCGUCUGCUUUUGUUGGGCUUACGCAAGCGGAAAUUGAGAGUGCAUACUGGCGACCUGAGUAG